AUGGCUCGCAGGUGGCCCCUCGAUGGGCUUGGCUUGACCGUGCCUGAGGGCGCGGUCUACGUCCUGGUGGGACCCAACGGGGCUGGCAAGAGCACCACCCUGAAGGCCCUGGCGGGGUUGGUGCGAGUCGAUGGUGGUCGGGCCGAAGCGCUUGGUCUCGAACUUCCCGAGCACGGGGCCGAGGCCCGCGCGCAGAUCGGAUUCGUCGCCGAUUCGCCGGAUUUUGGCUAUCCCCGGCUACGGGUCAGUGCUCUCGAGGUGCCGCUCGAGAGUCGCUUCGGCAAGCUGUCGAAGGGUCAGAAGCGGCGUGUACAGCUGAUCCAGGCCCUGGCCCACCGACCGGCCUUGCUGUUGCUCGACGAGCCCACCGAUGGCCUCGAUCCACUGGCUCGCGAUCUAGUCUUCGGCCUGCUGGCCGAGCACCUCGCCGAAAGCCCGACGACGGCGUUGAUUUCGACCCACUUGGUCCACGAGCUCGAGGGCCUGGCCGAUUGCCUUGGUGUGCUCGACCGCGGCCAGCUGAGAGCCAGCUGCGUCGCGAGGAGCUCGAAAGGUGCCUGGUCAGAUUGCGAGCCGAAGUGCCCGAGGACUGGCCCGGCGCGCCGGCGCUCGAUGCCCGAGUGCUGCGUCGGCAGGACCGUGGUCGGGAGAUUUCCUGGACGGUUUGGGGCGACCCGCAGGCAUCCGCCGCCGAGCUCGAAGCGGCCGGAGCGACGGUACGCCAACGGCUGA